GCAGCGUGGUGUUUUUCAGGACUUAUAAAAGUAUCGUUCUGUUCAUGCAGGAAGAAUUUUUAUAUCAGUGUUGUAUUUCUGUAUUCCUGAAGUGAAGCAUUCUGCAGUCUGGCUGAGAUGAGGUAAUUGCAGUGUCAGUGCAGUUUUUAGGAGUAUGUUUGACAUCCAGAGUCAUCGAGCAGAUGUCUCUCCAACAACGUUAAAAGUAAUGAUUCUUGAUCCUGACCAAAAAGUUAAAGGAAACAUGUCUAUCGAUGCAAGUGAAAAUGGACAGUGACACGUUCAUUUUUGUGACUGAAUGUGGAAUGACAUUCUUUUUAUAUUUGUAGUCAUUUUAAAAGUUUGAAAGUGACUGAUUAUUUCCAGUGUAAAGGUCAAUAGUACAUUUGCGGCAGUAACCAUAAUGAACACUAGAGGGAGUUGUGAGACAUGCUGAAUGUCAUGUAGUCAUCUCUAAUAUUAUCUUCCCCUCUAGUUGUCCUCUUCUUAACAAACCAUGUCAUUAUUUUUAUGUAUACAUAUAUAUUUAUAUAUAUUAAUAUAUAUGUAUUAAGACAAGAAGCUGAAUAUAAAUAAUAAGACUCUUCAAACAUAAAAGAGGACAUUUAGGUUUAAAGGUAUACCUUGUAACUUGAAGCUGAGGAAAACUGGAUAAUAUUUUUAUAAUGAUUCUUUUGUCAUUGUUUCUCUUAUCUGUCUCCCAAUAAUUCCCAGCAUGCAUCUCCAUCUCCAUCCCCUCUCCCUCUCUGUCCUCCUCCUCCUUGUCGCCGGGGCAGCCGUGGUGUGUGUGUCAGUGACGACCACGCUUCAAGAUUUCCGAGGCUGCGCCGUGAGAGAGUUCUCCUUUGUGGCCCAGAAGCCUGGCUGCAAGGGACUGCGCAUCACCACAGAGGCCUGCUGGGGGCGCUGCCACACCUGGGAGAAACCUGUUCUGGAUCCCCCGUACAUCCAUCGCCACCACAGAGUGUGUACGUACAGUCGCACCCGCCACAUGACCGCCCGCCUGCCGGGCUGCCAGCCCAACGUGUCCCCUCUGUACCACUACCCCAUGGCCCUGCACUGCCACUGCUCUGUCUGCUCCACACAGGACACGGAGUGUGAGACCUUCUGAUGGACUGGACACUGCUUACAGCUAACAAUGUUACCAACAGUUUUACUGAUGUUAAAUAAUAACUCUGAAUAAAAGAAGCCUGUCAAAACAUGUGGAAG